UCUCCUCACCUCGCCCCCCACUCACGCUCGUCGUCUCCCACCACCUCCUCCGCCUCCUCCUUCUCACGCCCCCCUCCUCCCCCCUCUGCAGAAAUCGCCUCCAUCUCUUCACGCAGCAAGAUGGCGCAGUUGUCGGCAGCACCUCGGACAGUUCUGCCUCAAACCGUCCCGCAGACCCAUGGAGUCUAGUACCGGAACUCAAGCGCCAGGAGAUUCCGCAGGCCCGUGUCUCUCCACUGUCCUCAGACGGAACCCGGACCCGGAGGAAGAGGAGGAGGAGGAGGAUGUCAGGACACACCGAGGUCUAGAGGCAGUUUUUCUCUCCUGCUGAUGAAGAUGAGGAUGAAUAUGGAGAUGCAGAUACUGUUGCUGCUUCUGCUGCUGCUGCUUCUGAUGAUCGGACCGGGGUUCGCCCUCAAUUCUCAUUUUAACUCGGAUGGGGCUCAUCUCAGUGACCUCUCCUGGUCCUCCUCCCUGGCUGUGGUGGCAGUCUCAUUGGCUGGUCUCUUUUCCCUGGUGUUCCUCACGCUGGCUUGCAUCUGCUGCAAGAGGAAGCAACGACGAGGAUUCAAGGAAUUUCGCAAUGUGGACGACUUCCACGUGGAUGUGUCCUCCUCACCUGUGUCGCUUGGCGGUCCAGAUGUUUACAUCCUGCCACUCACCGAGGUGUCGCUUCCAGUUGCCAAGCAACCAACCCGGUCAGUGGAGCUGACCAAAUCAUCAGACGUGACUCGUCAUGAUCUUCUCUACCUGAAGGAAAUUGGCAGUGGCUGGUUUGGAAAGGUUCUGCUGGCUGAGGUCAACCAGGGUCUCAGAACUUCUCAGGUUGUGGUGAAGGAGCUGAAGUCCAGCGCUAGCAUUCUGGACCAGAUCCAUUUCCUGGAAGAAGCUCAACCUUUCCGUGUGCUGCAGCAUUCAUCUCUGCUCCGGUGUCUGUCACAGUGCACGGAUGUGACCCCUUACCUGCUGGUCAUGGAGUUCUGUCCACUGGGUGAUGUCAAAGGUUAUCUCAGGAGCUGCAGGUCAGCUGACACCCUGACCCCGGAGCCACUGGUCCUCCAGAGGAUGGCGUGCGACAUUGCCGCUGGACUGCUUCACCUGCACCAACACAACUUCACCCUCAGUGAUCUUGCGCUGAGGAACUGUCUGCUGACUGCUGACGUCACUGUGAAGAUCGGCGAUUACGGUCUCUCCCGCACCAAAUACAAGGACGAUUAUAUGAUGAUGUCAGAUCAGACGUUGAUUCCACUGCGAUGGACUGCACCCGAGCUGCUCGAUGAAAUGCAUGGGAAUCUUCUAGUGGGCAGUCAGACGCAGCAAAGCAACAUCUGGACUCUGGGUGUGACAAUCUGGGAGUUGUUCGAAUUGGGGAACCAGCCGUACCGUCACUACUCCGACAGACAAGUCCUGACCUACGCUGUGAGGGACCAGCAGUUGCGACUUCCCAAACCUCUGCUCAAGGUGCCGCUAGCUGAGCGCUGGUACGAAGUGAUGCAGUUCUGCUGGCUUCAACCAGAUCAAAGACCAACUGCUGAAGAAGUCCACCUGCUUCUUAGCUAUCUAUGUGCCAAAGGGGCCAGUGAAGCCGAGGAGGAUUUUGAGAGCCGCUGGAAUUCCAUGUGUCCAAAUCCUGGACACAGCAGCCACUGUGUUGCUUCUGUAACUUCACUGGAUCAGCACUCGACAAACUCCUCAUCCUUCCCGCUGCUUGAGCAGUUUUCAGGGACAGAGGGAUACCAUUCUGAGUCUGGUGAUGACGUCCUCACCAUUACAGAGACCAGCCAUGGCCUUAACUUUGAGUAUAAAUGGGAGCAAGCAAAGGCAGAGCAGUCUUUUGGAAGCCCAGUCUCCUCUAACACUUUAGGACAAGUCGAUCAUCACUGUCAAGAAGCGUUUUACCCACCAGGUGGUAUCGUAGGUGGCUGUCCCACCCAUGGAGUGUCUCCUUCUUACUAUCAGACAAACCACCUGCAUGCUCCUGGGGUCCUUCCUGUCCUUAGUGCCCACAGUCCCUCAGUGAGCAGUGAGUACUACAUCCGCAUUGAAGAGCCAGUUGACAGCAACAUUGACCCAGACUAUACAAUGUGCACCUACAGUCCAGACUUGCAGGACAGCAGCGGAAGCUUCUUGACGGGUAGUGUCGACUCUGGCGAGUGCAUUGCGAAGAACAUCGCACCCUACUGGGCUGCAGACGUCCAUAAGUCAGAGCUUUAUGAUUCUAAUGACUCAAGUCCGGCUAUCUCCUUGACGAUGGAGCCUCUUUUGGGUCAAGGAACCGACAGCAGCCCCCUCAGGCCUUGGGAAUCCAGUCACUAUGUGUCCUACAAGGACCGGGAUGGUGGUUACUACUACGAGCAUUCGUCACCAACACAAUUGGAUCACUAUUCGCUGAGAGAGCAGCUCUUUAGUCAACACCGCCAUGAAAGCUGGGGAUCUAGGAGCCUUCGACAGGCACUGGGUGAGCUCGACAACCCUCUUGGGAGAUCCCCGACUGCCUCCGGUCCACCACAACAGGGAUAUAGAGAGACAUAUUUGGACACUGGUCAGACUUCCAUCAUUGGCAAUCACAUGACUGGAGGCUACUACGACAUGAUGGGGUCCUUGAGGAAGACCAUGCCAAGCCAUACAGUGCAUGACAGUACCUCUGUCAAUAUCAGCAUGGAGACAGAGGGGCCACUUUUCAUCGCACGCAGGGAAAGUGACACAGAGGAUGAAGAUGUGGACAUAUUUGUGGAGAGACAGAAUUGUAAUACUUGGCCCUCAAAACACCGACACGGCAAUGCAAGUCAUCACAGACGUGCAAGCCACAGUUGCAGGCAAGAUGCCUACGUAGAUUUUAACUACACCAUGCCAAGUACUGACAUUGAAGAUUCUUGGCCAGAGAAACACAGCUUCCACACUCUUCCCAAAACAUUUGACUACUUGGAAACCCACCAGGUCAGUGACAAUAGUGCGUGCUUGGGCCUGACAAAACAUCACCCACUAGUUCCAGCAGACAACUGCAACACGUACAUCUACCUGUGCCAGGAUGCAGAGACUCAGGUGCCCCCAUCAGGAGAGUGUUACCAUUCAAAUUUUAUGGAACCUCUUACAGGUCUGCUCGUCCAGAACAGCAGCUACGGCUAUAACUUUAGUCCUCAACACUACAUGAGAGAUAAGGCUACAGACACACAAGGAUGUGAAGAGAUGCUCAAUCUGUCUCCAGCUCCUGGUGGUCCCAUUGUGGCCAAGCCAGUCAAGAUCUGGCCAGAGACCAGUGGAGAGCAAUAUGUUGAUCUCAUGAUUAAUGAGUCGCCAUUUAAAGAGAAGAAGGCAAAUAAGGUGAAGGAUAAUCUUAUAUUGCAAAGUUGCGCUGAGCCAAAAGCAGAGGAUUUUAGGAUGACACAGUACAACGCGGCUCCACCUCCCUCUGACAACAUGCAUGUCAUGGUGGCCCACACCGAUUCACAGUCAGAAGUGAGCCACAUGGUUGACAGUGGUAUGGACCCGGGCGACUCCACCAUCAGUCUUGUGGACAUUCUGGACUGCAGCGAUGACGAUGAGGAUGAUGAGGACAUUACGGAUGACAUCACUGAUGUAACUUCUGGGAUCUUUGCUGAUGAGUCCAGUGAGGCGACUGCUUCCUCAGCCUUCAAGUCACUUCAGAAGCAGGUAGGAACUCCAGACUCCGUGGACUCCAUAGAUCUGCCAUCCGCUGCUGCGUUUUGUGACGGCCUCAGUCCGGCGUCGCAGCCUUCCUGCUCACCCAAAGCCAUGGACAGCGGCUACGAUACUGAAAACCACGAGAGCCCAGAGUUUGUCCCCAAAGAACCCCAUGAAUCCAGAGAUCAGAGUCCAGGAAAGUUGAUUCUUGACAUCGGUCUCAAGGUGGAAGAGCAGCUUAAAGCUGAGGAGACACCUACAAAGGAAGAAAACGCGUCGUUGAAAACCUCCCAAUCGUGCGAAAGCGUUCUCCAGCCUCUAAGUGAACAGACUCCUCAUCGGGACUCUGCAUACUUUUCUGACCAAGAGAAUGAACGAGUCAGGGAUGAAAGUGCCCAAGUGCCUGAGACAACAAUAGAGGAGGAUGAAGAUGAAGACAGACACAGUACUGAUGAGGAUGGAAUAAAAGAGCAUACAGGACAAGGGUACUGUGCAACAGAGUCUGGCCUUCCAUUAGAAGCCACGCUGUCUGUGGAUGCACUGGAUGAAUGGCCAUCCCAAGAGGAGAACUCAUCUCUUGGGGACUGGGCAGCAGAAGUGGUGGGAGCCAUGGAGGAGGCUCUAGGUGCCCUGAAUGUGGACCAUACAAUACAGGAUCCAGAGGACUUGGAGAAUCCUGGAGAGCCAACAGCCCAGGAGAACCCCAAUCUGUCAGAGAAUAAACCAGAGAUCUGUAACACUUUUCCCAAAGACGAGGUAGCCUUGCAGCACAUGUGUGGUACCCACCGGUUCUCUUCAUCCUCUCCGCCCCCACAGUCCCCCCCUGCUGUUAAAAACCAUUCUACGGAGCGCAGACUGUCUCACAGUGAUGGAGAUGAGGAUGAGGAAACUGAUGACAGUGACGAAUCAGAUGAGGAGCUGAGGAGCUACAGCUUACAGGAGCCCAGUGAAUGUGAGGAGAGUGAGGAAGAGAGCUACCCUGUGCCCAUUGUGGUCAGCGACAACAGUGAAGCGCACCAGCUGAGAAGCCUCUUGAAGAUCCCGACAUUGCUGAAUAUGGAGAACCUGGAGGACGGGUUGGAGCCCAGGACACUUAAGACAGUGUCUUUUUUUGAUGACGUCACCAUGUACCUAUUUGAUCAGGAAAGUCCAACUAAAGAGCUGGUGGAGCACAAGUUCCUGUUGGGAACUGAGCAUGAAAGCGCCCAGAGUAAAGUCCAGGUGAAGGCUAACACGUCAGACGACUCCUCAGAUGGGAAUAUUUCAGAAGAGAGCGCAGGGUACGAGUGGGAGGAUGAUUUCUCGCUGCUGCCAUUACCAACAUCCAGCGACUUCUCACCUCCACAUCGUUCCACCUCUAGAAAUCAAGACCCGAAACCAGCAGAGAGGUUUUCCCGCUUCACUGUCUCCCCCUCCAGUGUGUCGCGCUUUUCCAUCACUCAAAUCACAGACGCAGACUGUGUGGACGGAAGCAGUGAGGACGGAGACAAAAACUAACCAGUGGGAGAUUCAAAGCUGAACUUCUGCUUCAGUUUUUGGGCAUGAACACUUCACAACAGAAAUAAGCUGAUCAAAAACACUCACAAAGAAUUGAAAUGUUAUAUAAAAUAUUACUCUAUAUAAAUAUAUAGAUAUAUUUAAAGAUUUUUAAAUCCAGGGAAUCUUGUUUGUGGAAUUCUAUGUAUUUUCCAAUCACACAAGUAAUAAUGGAUGUUUGCAGCAGAACUGGUACUUGCCAAACAUUCAAAAGAUUUGACGGAAGUUCCGAGUUUACUGCGACAAGGGAUUUUGUAAUCCUGUUUACAGUGGAUCCCGGGGAAGAACUGGACGGAGGAUGCACGGCCGUUUAUUUAAGAUUUUAUUUACUAAUUUAUUCAUUUAUAUAUUGUGAAUGACUGUUAAAAUUCAUGGCAAAUGUGAAAAUUGAUUGAAGAUUUUUAAGUUAUUAAUUCAAAAAUAUGCAUAAAUAGGAUAUUUAUUUACUUAAAUUAAGUCAUCAGUCUUGGCCCAAGGUUUAGCAUUUACACAGGUGGAUUGUUGUUUGCUAUCACCUUGUUCAACUACGAUUCUCCUCACUUGCAAGAUCCAGUCGUCUUUUAUGGAUUUUAAAUUAUAGGACUUUUCAGACUUUGAUUUCCAUUUGAGUCCCACCAUGUGUGCUUUUUCUAGGAACAGCAGGCUAGCAGGUGAUGGACACUUAGCCUGAUGCCUAUUAUCACGUCAGGAUCCUCAGUCUGACCUCCGACAACUGGAGUUAUACAGGAGACAUGGUAUGAGUGAGAUCUACAUGAGUAUUAGCAGCAUAUCAUUGUCUAAUCUGUAAUUUGUUUGCCCCUUGAAAAUAACAUUUGAAUAAGGAUGAGACAUGGGUCAGAACCAGCACUUGAUCAUGUCGAUUUUCAGUCAUCCGUUUCACAUCUUUGGGCAAUGCAUAUAUACUGGUCUGUCAAUGCAGGACAGUUUACAGUGUCCGCUGGUAACAUCACUGUGACAUCCAAGGAAUGAGGUGAAAACGCGGCAUCAUCAGUGGCGUGGUCCUAAACCUUGGCCAAGACGGCAGAUAGUGCUUUUAAAAAUGACCCUAUUACAACACAGGAUAGUUGUGACUUUUCAGGAACAUGAACACUACAAGCUUCGUCGGCAGACGUCUGCAUGAUCUCUGGUUACAACGAUUAAUUUCAUGCCUCAGAGAGAGAAUUAGGCAUCUCAAUUUUAGUGAAACGUUAUUGUUGCCUAAAACUUAAUCGGAUCAGAUCAAACUUUUCUACAAAAGCAUCAGAGUACGAUCGGCUCCGAUGCUGUAAACCAUUUUGUAAACCAGGAAGAGGGUUCAUUUGGCAGCUGUACAUGAGCUUUAAAGAUUCACGCUUUUCAUUGCUGGUGUUUUCUCAUCUGAAAGAACAAACCUCACUCAUUUAUAAAAAAAAAGAAACUUAGAAAGAUUUUAUCGAUUUUCUAAAUACAAAAAUGCUCAUGCGUGUUCUGGAUGUCACUAAGCUUUGGACGCUGCGUUGUCUCUGAUAUGAUAUAAAUUAUGUUGGGACAAGUAGAUGAGUCUGUCAGUGUCAAAUGGUUUUUGACGUCCGAGGUGACUGAAGUUGCUUCACAGCGCCAGAAAGACAACAAUAACUGUUGGAAAGUUUGAUUUAUAGUUGCCACAGAAAUGUUGUUUUCUGGGUUAGAGGCAAAGGUUGUUAUAGAGGUUGAGUCACAUGGUCUGUCAAAUUUUCUGUUUCUUCAAACAAUAAAGUCUGUUUUACACUUCUGAGAUUUCAGCGAUAUACUUCUGCAACCCCAACAAUUUUAUCUUUUUUUUUUUUUUAUCACAUAAAAGCUCCACAUCUCUCUAUUGCUGCAAUGGCUUUUCCCCAUAAGUUGCAUGCAUCUCGAAAUUGCAUCCACCAAAUCGGGCGUGAGCAGUUACUGUCACCGUUCCGUUCCAGAUUUACACCUCAAACUAAUAUGACAAUGGAAAUGUGGAUCUAUGCUUGUAACUGAUAGCUAUUAGGUAUCCUGACCUGGUUAGG